UUCUGACUUCCUACAGACUUAAACCAUCCAAAUCCUGCCCUCCAAACACAUGUGAGCAAACCUGAACAUGACUGACAGGCAGAAAGCUCCUCAAAGUCCUCUGAUUUUACUAUACAGUAAUGUUACAUCACUGACAUCGAGUUGUUUUCUGCAUGCUAUUCCAUAAGAAAAUGCUUAUAGCACCUUCAACCAAAUCCUCAAGUUUAAAAACAGAUUCUAACUCUUCUAACAGAUGUACUAACUCUGGAAUUAUUUAAAUAAAAUCCAUGCAUGCAAUGUUUACAUCAUUCCAGAGUGAUUCACGGCAUUGUUAGACACGCAUAUGCGUGACCUUAAAUCAUGCUAAACCUUCAGCAAUAUUUACGUCCCUCUUCCUUUCUAGAAAAUAAAUGAUGGACUACAAAAUCAUACAUCUUAAUCUAGAGACUGUCACUCGGCCGCUCGCUGUAUAUGUCAUUGUCAGUGGAUGUAUAUUAGGCCUGUGCAGGGCCGUCGCUAUAAUUCACAAGAGUCAGUAGACUUUAGUGGGCCUCCUUCAUUAUGAAACAUUCCUCGUCUCUCUCUGAUGACGACAAUUGUUUUCUUAAUACGUGAUUAACUUGAUCAGUGCUGCAUGGUGAAUUUAUCAUCCAUCUCUCUCUGUUUUUUGGCAUGCAUUUGAUAGGCGAACCACUUUUUCUAUGGCACAGAGAAGUAGGAACCGAAGUGAGAGGGGGCGACAGAGUAAAGCACAAGGAGCUGCUCGGAAAAAGUUGGUCACAAUUCAUUUUCAAUGAGAGGGCCGAGCGGACGGAGAGCAGGCACAGUCCCACCAAACUGGCCAAGAUGUGGAGUACAUAUGAGACGUGUGGAGGCAACGGCCCAUGUCACCUCGAAGUUUACAAAGCAUCAAAUUUCCAGGACUGAAACGUCCAGCUCUACAGAGGCCUCCUUCUUCUGUGGACUGUAUGGAACACAACAACCAUGCAACGCUGUGAUUAUUAUCUGUGCCUCACCAUCUACACCUUCACCUUCAUCACCGGCUUCCCGGCCAACAUCUUGGCCUUCUACACACUCAUCCGCAAGGUCUGGAGAAAGCCGGCACCCAUCGACAUCCUCCUCCUCAACCUGACCAUCUCAGACUUGCUCUUCCUCAUCUUCCUCCCCUUUAAGAUGCAAGAAGUGGCCAAUAAUAUGGUGUGGAAUAUCCAAUACUUUCUAUGCCCGCUGUCUGGUUUUGUCUUCUAUAUGACCAUCUACAACAGCACCUUCUUCUUGACCGCGGUGAGCGUGGAGCGCUACCUCGGCGUGGCGUUCCCAAUCCAGCACUCCCUGUGGAGAAGACCCAUCUAUGCCGUGUUCGCCAGCAUCUUCAUUUGGGUGCUUUCCAUCCUCCAUCUCAGCAUCGUCUACAUCGUGCCCUACUAUGACCCAUCCGGGAUGGUCCCGCCUUCCAGGAACAUCUGCUACGAGGGAUUCAGCGACGCUCAACUCGAGAUCCUCUUGCCCGUACGCUUGGAGUUAUGCAUUGUCCUCUUCUGCGUUCCCUUACUUAUUUGCAGCUUCUGCUAUAUAAACUUCAUCCGCAUUCUUUCAAAGCUGCCAAACAUCAGCCGACGGAGAAGGCUGAGGGCGAUUGGAUUGGCUUUGGGGACAUUGUUGGUGUUUGUGUUCUGUUUUGGACCCUACAACGUUUCCCAUGUUGUCGGCUUCAUAACCAAGUCAAGCCCUGCUUGGAGAGACAAAGCUCUUCUUCUCAGCACGUUCAAUGCUUGUUUGGACCCGAUUAUUUUUUACUUCACCUCUGCGGCUGUUAGAAACACACUUGGGGCGAUGAUGAGGGGCAUUUGGGGUAGAUGUUGGUGUCCACAAACCCUAUGGAGCUCCAGGAAGGAACCUCCUGAAACUGAGAAAAACAGUCUCCCGAAGCCACAGGAGAUCACGAACGCACUUUGACCAAUGGUUAUUCAUUUAGGCCAGGGAACGACCGUGCAGUUAUGUUUUGUACACAAAUGCAGCAUGGUAAACAUUACUCCACUUCCUUGUAAGACGGAGAUGAUAAGCAAUGCCAAAACAUCACAACUCACGUUUCUUAAGAAAAGGAAAACACUGUAUCCAAACCUGUGCACAUAGAGACUGAAUUAAAUGUGGGCAAACAGAGGAUAAACUUCCUUUUGUAUAGUGUGUUUAUUCAUCCAUAGUGUGAGCUCAUCUUUAUAACAAAGUUGUCAUCAUUCACUUUAUUGAAUAUGAACAGACAGCAGUAUGAGGACAUUGAUCACCAGGAUAAAUGAUCCACAGCCGUCGGCCGUAUGAAGGUCAACAGAAGCGCCGCUCUCAAGCACGUCACGUAAAUAUUUGAAAGGUUUUCACAUCUAAAGGCCGAUGCUUAUCUGAAAACUGACAAGUGUGGUUUUCUGAUGGUUUGUGUACGUGUUUGAUGGAGGGUGCUUGAUAGAGACUUCUUUUGAAAUGUCCAGGAAAUGACAAAACUUGCACCACAGAAAUUAAUAGUGAAAGAAAUGAAGAAAAUUAGCUCUGUAUAGUAAUUCCUGAUAGAUUUAAAGAUGAAGUGUGCUGUUAUUUUGAUGUUAAAACACUUGCUUUCAUGUUAAAAUAAGUAAGCCAAUAUAUAGAUUAAU